AUGGAUGUACAAAGUAUAGAGAAUGGCAUUAGGAAUGCUUCGAUAGAUGAUAAUGAUGAGGAUGAUUUCCUUCAAGUGUUGAAAAAAGGUACGAAAGCUGCUACGUCUAAUAUAACUAAAGAUCAAUUAGAAAGACUAAUUACAUAUUCCGAAAAAUCACUGACUGCAAAGAAUCUCCUUGAAUUAUUAAUCAAUGAUACUGAUCUGUUUCUUAUGGGGUUAUACGUCUUGGGUGAUGUUAAAGGAGUUGUCCUUUUCAAUGCUCUUUUAAUUAAUAAAUCAGGUAAAGAAUUGAUGUUAAAUUUGCUUUCAACUAUCAGAAUACGAUUGAAAAAUGAUUUCAUCGAUAAGUCAAAACUAGAUUAUCAACUUGAAAAGUACUUAAUAUCAAUCUAUCUCAAUGUGAUCUCAAGAUUCAGUAUAUCAAACCCUCAACAUCUUCAAGUAUUUCUCGCCUUGAUUAACCCUAUACAUUUCGCUGAUCAUGACACAACUAUUUAUAAGGAAAUAUCAAGAAUAGUAUUACUUAUAGUGAUAAAGUAUUUAACGAUAGAUAAAGACACAUCGACUGAGAUUAUUCAAGAUUUCUUGGAAAUCAUAUAUGAAGAAACGACAUUGACAACUUCUCAAUUUAUAAAUUUAAUCGAUGUAUUGGAAUUAUUAUUCCCGGUGAUUCCUGAAGUUAUAAGUUCAAUCUACGUUCAUGAUCAAAUUAAAACUCAUAUUAUGGUUGAAAUCCUGAAAUUAUUCAACAAGGGAGAUGAAUAUGCUUUAUCUUUGCCUAUUAAUCGAUUAAAGAUUAUCCAUCUUUUGAAAUUAAUCAAUAGUUCAUGUAUUACAGAGGGAUGUCGGACUUUCAAUGCAUCACAUUAUGUGUCAUUAUUAAAACUUGGGAUGGAGUUUGGACUGGAUAAAGAAAUUCAAAUCCUUUCUGUAUUGGAUCUUAUUAAACUUUGGAAUUUCAUUCAAUUAGAAAAUCAAAAGGUUGAUGAUUCAAAAUUAAAUAUCAAAACUGAAGAUUUAACCUUUAUCUUAACAUCAUAUUUAAGAACUGAAUACAAGGGGGAUAGGAAUUCCAUUAUAGAACAUUGUAUUGAAGGGCUUGCAUAUUUGACUCUUAAUGUAUCAGUUAAAGAAAAUUUCCGAUCAGAUGAAACUAUCAUUGAAAAUUUAAUAUCAUUACUUGAAUUAAAUACUCAAUCUAAACCCUCAGAGACGUUUCAAAAUGAAGGAUUCAAUUCAAGUCUUGCUUAUGGAUUAUUAUUAAUAUUCACCAAUCUUACCAAAUUAACCGAUCCAAAUAUGAAAAAUAAUGAUAAAUCAACCCUUAAAUUCCUCAAGGAAUAUUCCAAUGCAGGAACUCGACAAUCAAACGUUUCAGAAGAUCAAGCCAGUAUAAAAUUAUUUAAUAAAGCAUUAUUAUUCGAUCAUAAGAUUGUGUCUAAUAUCUCCAAGUUGAAAAUCGCCAAUAUUGAAUCUGAAUCAGGAGCGAAAUCAAAAAUGAAUAAUCUCAUCCCAUUAACUAUCAAUAUCAUCUUAAUGAUAGCAACCACAUCGGAAAAGAAAGUUAAAGAAGAAUUAGUAAAACAAGGUGCUCUUAAUCUAAUUUUAAAUUGUUUGGUUAAAUAUAGUACGGUCAUAAAGGGUACAGUUAAUGAAACUAGACCAGUUAAUGAAUCACCUGAAAUUAUAGAAACAAGAGUUGAAGCCAUACGGGCUUUGGCAAAGAUCCUUAUUUCAGUUAAUCCAAUGUUAGCAUUUGAUAAAUAUGAUGUCAAGACUUGUGUUCCAUUUUUAGUUGAACUUUUAGGACCUGACAUAUCUAAAUAUUCUGAAUCAUCCACACUUUCACCUUCAGUAGGUCAAUACCCUUAUCUUUUGGAAAUGUCAUUAAUUGAUAAAUAUGAAGGAUUACUUGCAUUGACAAAUGUAUCAUCUAUCACUACUAAUUCAGAUAUUAGAAAUCAUAUCAUUGCCAGUACUUUUGAUCAACAUUUGAAUAAUUUAUUAUUAGAUGGAGAUAAUCCUCAUGUUCAAAGAGGUACGUGGGAAUUAUUAUCGAAUUUAAUUCUUGAACCAAGAUUAUUAGCUAAAUUCUUUAAUAUCGAUGAUGGAGGAGAAACCAGUAAUGAAAAUCUUAAUCGAUUAAAAAUCUUGAUCAAACUUUUAAAUUCAGAAGAUCUUUCCUUACAAGUUACUAUCGGAGGAUUAUUAGCUAAUUCUACUGAACAUGAAGUUAUAUCGAAUAUCUUGGUAGCUAAUGAAACUAUCCGAAGUGAUUUAUUUAGAACUAUCUGUAUUAUAAGUGAAGAACAACCUCAAGAUGAUGAAUUAAUUCUUCGAAUCGGGUUUGUCCUCUUAAAUUUGGUUUAUGCUGCAAGAGAAAAUCCAACUUUUCAUAAUUGGAUUAUGCAACUGGAUUAUGUAAAGAGAUCUGUUACGCUGAUAAUUCGUGAAAAUAAAAGUCAAGAAAUUUUAGAUGUUUUUAUUGAAAUAGCUAGAGUGGGAGGAGGAGCAAAGUAA